CAAUUUUUGUAUUAGCAUAAUAAUAAAGAUAUUUACUGAAAGGACACCCGGUAUAUUAUUUUUUUUAUUGCUAAAUAUUUUAUAGUGGCACGCACCAUAAAAUCAUUAUUUCUUAAUAAAAACCAACCUGUACGGAUUUAUUGUGGUUUUGAACGUAUUGUGUACUCUAGAAAGGAAACUCUCCAGAUACUGAGCGGUUUUUAGACUGCAUUAUCAACAGAUAAAGUAAUAUUGUUACGAAGGCCAAAAAUAAAAGUGAUUCUGCCCACUUUACAGCUUAGUAUGACGCACGUAAAACUCCAACUUGUUGAUUCGGCCAUAAAUACAAUAUUGAUUUUCCGGAAAAGUGAAAAUGCGCAUUGAUGAAACCUACUAAUCCGGCAGUCUGCAAUAUGGUAUGACAUACACGGACAAUUUUUCUCCGUAAAAAUGGAAGAUUUACUGUUAAAUAUUGUUAAAGAAGCCGGUAGCUCCAAAUUAACUAAUCUGAAACAACGAGCACAAGAAGCACACGACUUAUUAGCAGCACAAAAUAAUUUAAUGAGAAAUUCUUCGCAUGAACUACGAUCUGUAUGUUUUUUACCAUUGAAGUUGUCAUUGGAAAGCAAGAAAAGCAAACUUGUUGCUUUGGCAUUAACCGGAUUUAAUAAAAUAAUUCGAGACGAAAGGUUUCAAUGUGGCACAGAACCUGAAGAUGAUUCUCUAUGGCUUCCUGCCCAACUACUUUUAGCCACAUCUUCGCUUCUAUCUCAAUGUGAAGAUACACAGGUCCAUAUUCUCAGAGUUGUUUUAAACCUGGCAUGUUCAGCCAGUUGGGCUCUAAAUGGAAGACUUGUUAUGCUAAUUCUAGGCAGAUGUGGGGAAGCUUACGAAAUUGGCACUCAACCUAUUAGAGCAUCUGCACAAGCUGCAGCCAGUCAAACAUUGACAGCGUUCUGUACAUUCCUAGAUGAAGAAUGUCAGGAAAUUCUUCAACAACAACAAAAACAUAAAAAUUCUGGAAGCAGUGCCGAAAUGGUUUAUACCAAAACAUCCGCAGUUGCGUGCUUUAAUGAAGCUAUUCCUGUUAUGCAAUAUAUAUGUAGUAAACUAGAAGAAUCCAAACAGCAAUCCAAAACAAGUGAUCUAACAAUUUACCUCUUAGAGUGUCUAUUGACUUUUGUGAGCACAUUGCCUCAUACAGUACACUCAAACAUUCAUUUUACAACAUUCCUGUGGCAGCGAUUCUGUCCAGCAUUAAUUGCUUUUCUUGGAUUACCCGGAGAUCCAUCUGGACAUUCUUUAACUUCAAGUCAAGCUAAAAUAGUUUAUAGCAUUGGAAUACAAGUGGUGAGACUAGUUGGUAGAGAAAGAGCGCUUAGACCAGUAUUGGAAGCGUUAUUCCACAGAAUGCUUUUAUUACCAAGUCCUCCAAAAAGAUUGGAACCUCUAAGAGCUGCUAAAGAACUACUUAGAUCGCCAGGAAGGCUUGCAGAUUUGCUUCUGCUUAGUGGACCAAUACACCGGCAUGCUGGUGAUGAUAUGGCAAUUAUAAGACUGAUAAUGGACUCAAUUGAAGAAUCUUCUCAGUGCAGUGAUACUGGUGUCUUACUAGCAAGUGUAGAAUGUGUAGGAGCUCUUUUAGGAUCACUAGAAGCCUUAUGUAAAGGAGAGGGUUUGAAUCAAGAGGCAACUGAUAUAGCGAAUAGUAGAUAUAUAACUUUAGAACAGGCAGACUACUCCGGACCGUUAACUUAUGAAUCACUGGCGAGACUACCCAAACCGUACAGAGAUGUUGUAGCCAACUUAAAGUACCAAAGUGAUUCAGAUAGUAGCGGUAUUGAAGGAAAUAUACCUGAAGUUGAAGGUGGAACUGAAUCAGAUUGUUCAGGAGCUACCGAAGGGCCAGAAGACGGUACACUAUCUGAUGACAGUAUCAUGGAUGAUGAGAGUUUUCUUACAAAUCAACAACUACAGAAACUCUAUAAGUUGCCCAAAUCAUUAAAUUUGGGACGAACUGGUUUGGAUGAAUGCAAUACCGAUUUAGAACGGCAUAAUGCCAGACAUUUUGUUAAAACUUUACAACAAUCGUUGUUACCAAAUUUAUUAUCACUUCGCUCAUCUAUUCAAGUUGAUGAGGUGCUACAAGAAUUUGCUUCCAAAUGUUGCCAACACAAUUCUUCACAAAACUACGAAACUUCAACAAUAAUGAAUGCCGAUGGUAUUUACCUUGCUACUUAUUCAGCUUUAUUACUGGAUUUGAAAUUGAUUCAAUGCGGACAAUAUGAAGACAAAAGUGUACCUGUGCCAAUAACUGAAGCUCAAUUUGUAGAAGAAAUUCAUGGAAGCGGUGUAUUGGUGUAUGUGUCUGCUACUUGGUUAUGCGAACUUUAUCAAAAUGUUCUUGCUAAAUCUUUACUUUUAUCCAACGGUUAUGAUCCAAAAAGUGCACACCAACCCUCACUUGUAAACCUAUUGACUGAUAUUGGUGGACUAUGUCCAUCACAAUUACUUACAGAUUGGCAAAAGCUACAAAGAGUGCACGUAUCAUCAGAAAAUAGUCCAGAAGUGGAAGCAGGCGUGAAACUUUCCAGGCGAGUACUCACUUGCUGCUGGACAUCAGUAGUAUCUGUACUAGGAAUGCCAUUGGGUGAGACAACUUGUCCCAACGGAACAUCUGCUUUGAGUAGACUUGUCGCGAGAAGAGCGAGACAAAAAUAUAAACAAAAAAUGAGAGAUGACGUAAUUACCUCAAGUUUAGAAGGAUUACAUAAGGCAGCUAGUCUUAGUAACACAUUGAAGCUUCAAACUAGAAGCAGUAGUAUUUUGGCUUUAUUAUCAGCAUCUUCCUGUAAAACUCAAGGAAUAAAAUUAUUAGCAUCCCAUGCAUUAUCAUUGGAUGUAUUACUAUCUAAAGGUUUGGAAUUGGGAUGCCACAGUUCCGCUUGUUGGCCUCAUGUGUUUAGUGCUUGCGUUGCUGUUUCAACUUUGGAACAUUCAUUGUUCAGCAAAACAGGUUCAACUCAGCUCUUAAUGGUAGCACAAAACCCUCAAAAUAAUAUAAUCACAUCCACAACCCGAUCCGAAUCUCAAGAGAAACUUCAUAUGAAUUUUAGCAUUACCAACGAUGAAGAAACGGUAGAUAUUUACAGCUUCCUGCACAACUCAAGCCAUUUGAGUAACGAUAUCAACGACACGAGUAUUGCAGAAAUAGUAGAAAAAAGCGGGGCCAAUAAUGCACAAGGUCAAGGAAUGUUGAGUGGAGUAUAUGCAGCCAAAGUUUGUUGCGUCUUGUCUCAGAAAUCUGAUGAACUUUUCCACUCUGCUGCUUUGAGAUUAUCUCUACCAGGAUUGUGUAGCUUUCUCAAUGAAUUAUGCAAAGCUUCCCACAUACAGUUAUUCACCAAAUACGAAGAAUCUCCCAGACAACAGAAAAAAUGGUGGAAGAGAGAACUUGAAAUUCAGCAAAAACCUCCUGCGACACUUUUACUCCAUCGCAUUGGAGAAGUCACUUUGAAAUGUGUCAAAUCUGGAAGGCCACUUAUCCACAUAAUGAAAAUAUGGUCUAUUGUUGGUCCCCACUUUAUGCAAGCGGCAUGCCAUAAGGAUAGAAUUAUAUCCAAAAAAGCUGUGACUUGUAUCCACGAUGCUGUAACGGCUUUAUUAAACGAACAAGCUGAACUUCCUCAUUUUCAUUUUAAUGAAGCCUUAAUAAAGCCAUUUGAGAAUUUAUUGUGCCUAGAACUCUGCGAUUCAGAUGUCCAGGACCAAAUUGUUGCUUGUUUAUGUGAAUUUGUGGAAGCUAACAGAACAGAAAUCUGCUCAGGUUGGAGGCCUCUUUUUGGUACUCUUCGUGUUGCCAAUUCAAAGAAUAACGCUGCAGCUAUUUUGGACGUUUUUAAAAUAUUCUUAUCUACAGAUAAUACACUGGUCUUUGCAAAUGCGGCUUUGGACUAUAUUUUAUGUCUCAUUUCCCAUAUAAAGAAUUCAAACAUAGAUGAUACACCACUAGAACCAUUGCACAAUAUAAAUCAAUAUAACGAGAAGAAGUCCAUAUUUCUUGAUAAAGAAUCUGAUUUUCCUUCGAAGUUGCUUCUUGGUCCCGUUGACUUAUGUAUUGAAUCUUUAAAACUUCUACAGAAUUGUGCAUCGAUUUUAUCAGUGAUUUACAACAUGCCAAAAUGUCCAAAUUUUAACCUAACUCAUAGAGUAAAUAUCGAUACUAACCCACAAUUGGUUGAUCCAGUUAUACAAAAUUCAGAAAUCCACAGUUUUAACCAAAUCAAUACGAAUCAAAUCAAUUAUGAAAGUUUAUCAACACAGAUUGAUUUCGAAAAUUGUGAGAAAGACAAAAUAACUUUAGCGCACAUGGAUAAGCAAAGUAACAUCCUUAAGAUACAUUACAUUCUCUUAGAAGGUCUUGCUUCUUCUUCCACUUUAGCAGCUACUAAAAAUCAACCAUAUAUUGUAGAAACACUUUUCAAAUUGAUACGUGAUUUAAUAGAAAACCCAGGAAUCAACUUUGGCUUUUAUUGUAUUAACCACAUCCUUUUACCAAUGGUACAGAAUUGGUUAAGACAAAAUUCUAAAAUUCAAAAACCUGGAGAAGUUUGGCAAAAUUUCAAGCAUUGCUGUGGUUUAGCUAGCGAAUUAGUAGUAGAUUAUUUAUACGAACUACAAAAAACACGAAUUGAAUCCGAUGUAAUUGAACAUCCUGGUGCAACUUUAUCAUUAAAACAGUUGCUCAUUAUAUUAAUAGAAUGUAUUUCACAGCCAUCUGAAAACAUAGCUAGAUUAGGUUCAUCUUGCAUAAGACAUGUUAUGUUGAGCGCUGGCAAAAUUCUAACAGUUUAUCAAUGGGAAGUUCUAAUAACAGCUUUACACAGAGCUUGUACAGUUAGUUUAAACCCUCUGUAUCAACUAAGCUUAGUCUUUAAUCAAUAUUCCGACAGUUUCUAUGGAGAUUUAGCUACAGUUAAGGUUGCAGCAAGAAAAGACACUAGUGUAUCUGAAAACGAACGACUAUACGAACUUGCUCAACAAGUUUUCUUAAUGCAGAACCAAAGAUAUUGCAAUAAGUGUCAAGGAAAAGCUUGUGAAUGCGAAAAUAAUAAACCAGUAGUUAUAGACGACAGAAGUUACGUAUUCUUGUUAUAUCCAUACGAUUGCAGCACCAUAAUGAACCCUGAUAUGUAUACAAUUCGAGUUCCAUUUAAAAAUUUAGUGGUUGGUAUUCUGGCCCAUCAGAUGUUAAUUCAAACUGUAUCAAGCGCUUUACUUCAAAAUCUGAAUCACAUAACACCCAUUUUGAAUAUAUUGCAAAUAAAUUCCUGCAGCUUAAGAGGCGUUUUAACAAAAGUAAAUGCCAAACAUGUCGAUGUUCUUCUCAAGUGUUUAGAGAUUUCGAAUAUGCGAGCUAAAGAAUUUGAUGUUAGACCGGGGCUAAAAUUUUUGCUACAAAAAGUAGGUAACUUAAACAAGGCUGCCAACCUUUACACGCAGGCUAAUACAUCGGAGGUAGUCCAAAUAAUAGUCUUGAUUGAACUAUGUCUAGAUGGAAUUGACAAAUAUUCGAUUGAUCCGAGAAACUUAAAAGAUAUCUUAGCCCGCGACGAAAAAACUACUUGUAUGACUGAUUUAGAUUACGUAGAAAAUUUCUUAAAGAAGUUAUACGUCAAAUGGAAUAAACUUUGCGACUCGUAUGUUAAUCUUACCCUAGUUAUUCCAGAAGUAAACGAAGAAAGCGAUGAAGAAACCAUUGCUUCUGAAACAUAUCCCAAACCAUUUAAACUAACUGAUUUUAAACAAGACGAUGAUAACGACAAUUUGAGUAUAAGCACAGAUACUGAUAGUUAUCUAGAAAAAGAUUUACUUCCGAAUUUAAAAAAAGACGACAACGAUAUAGAUAAAAGUGAACUAAAAGUAGUCAAAUUGCAGCAUAGCUAUAGCUUAGAUGAAAAUUUAAUACAAAAGAAAAGAAACAAUACAGAUAAUAAUAAUUCUACUGACGAUGAAACUAACGAAAAAGCAGCAUCAAAAUACAACACAAAAUUGGUGUAUGAAAAAUAUAAAAUUGAAUUAAAUGCUAUUAAGUACGACAAAAAUACUUUAUUACAAAUGAGAAAAUCUACAAUAUCCAGCGAUAAUAUAAAUACUGACUAUGAUAAACCUAAUGAGCCGUCGAAAUUAAAAAGUUCACAAUUGUGGGUAAAAGAUGAACCAAAGAAAGGUCUUGGACAAAAUUCAAUGGGUUCCAGAUCAAACCCGUUUAAUAUAAAUAGUUUGCCCCCACCUCAGCCUGUACCAAGUGAAAUUCAGCAACAACGAAUAUUGAGUAUGUUUAAGGAUUCAGAAGCAUACAAAAUAACAAGAAUUGAAACUAUGGAAGCAUGUUUAGAACUACUAACUAGUCUUUCCGCUGAAAAAUUGUCACCAUUAGCAACAAUUCUGAAACAAGGUGCCGUAUCGUUGAUAGGAGCUCAAGAUGAUAAGAUAAAAAAAUCUGCAGAAAUUCUUCUUCAAAGAAUGAAUAUAUCUUAUAUCGAUCACGAUAAUUAUUGAAUUUCAUGUUGAAUUUUGUGUUGAAUUUUGUGAUAUAUUUUUUUACGUAGAUAGAAAUCAUAUUUAUUUACAUUACAAAAUUAAUAUUUUUAUUAUUAUUAGUAAACGAAUUCGGCAAUUUGGUUUUAUAGUUUAUUUUAGAAAAAUAAAGUGUCAUAAACCAUGUUCUUUUUCUAGCAUUUCUGUAGCGUUCUAAUUAUAUUUUGAUGAAAAAAAAAACCAGGGGCGCUUGGGUGUAUAUUUCUCGAUCUCUUUUGUACCAGUAGGGGAGGACGGGGUUG